UGCCACUCCUCAAGACUCUCUCUGCAGCUUUAGAGCUGUUUGUGUGCAACUGGAGACAGAAGGACUGCGGUGUCAACAGGGUGACUUUGUAUUUGUCUUUUCCCACUCUCAUAGCGCGCGAUUUUUUGGGGACGUCGUUUAGGAAAGACUGUGUUCAGUCCAAAAUGCAGCGCGUGCGUGGAAUAUGGGAAAAUCACAGGUGAAGCUGUGUGUGUAAUUUCGGUCACGGAUUGGGUGGCGGAUCCAGGAAAAAUGUGGAGAGAUGCAGAGCAGGCACUGACUCUGAUAUGGCUUCUCUCUUGGACCUCACACGGCAUGUGUCAUUCUUCUCCAGGGAGGCCCAGACUAACAAGAUGUCGCUCGCCUGAGAAAGAGACUUUCACUUGCUGGUGGGAGCCUGGAUCAACAGGUGGAUUGCCCACCAGCUACCACCUGUAUUACAGAAAAGAGAGUUCUUUGGAAGUCUUUGAAUGUCCGGAUUAUCAUAAGGCGGGAAACAAUUCCUGUUAUUUUGAUAAGCGACAUACGUCUAUUUGGAUCAUAUACAACAUCACAGUGGUGGCCUCCAAUGCACUGGGAAAAGCCUAUUCGGAAUCUGUAGAAGUUGAUGUUAUGGAUAUCGUGCAGCCUCACCCUCCAGAGAAUGUGAAUUUGACUUUCAUUCAGACCAAGAACAGCCCCUAUUUCCUGGUGCGGUGGCAGCCUCCGCACGACGCAGACACACGUUCAGGUUGGGUAACAAUCAAAUAUGAAGUUCGCUUAAAAAUCGAGAACAGCGGAGAUGAGGAGGACAGCAGUUGGGAGUCAUAUAGUGCUGGAAAACAAUUGGAGUUUAGCAUCUACAGUCCGCAGCCAGGAGCAAAUUACAUUGUGCAAGUGCGCUGUAAACUAGACCACGGCCUCUGGAGUGAAUGGAGCCCCUCUGCCUUCAUCCGGAUUCCAGACAAUAUGUCUGACACACAGAAUGAGGUUAUGAUUAUUGCCGUCACGCUAACCGCCAUCAUUUUCCUGUUGACUGCAGGAGUGCUGACAGUCACGAUAAAACCGGUGAAGCAUUUUUUACUGCCACCAGUUCCAGAACCGAAAAUCAGUGGCUUAGACUCUCAACUCCUUAAGAGUGGGAAGUCUGAGGAGAUCUUCAGUGCUCUGAUUACUCCAGGAUAUCCCCAAAUAGCCCAGAGUUCAGACCGUCAAGUGGAGUAUCUCGUGGUCUCCGACUAUGAUGAGGAAAUGGAUUUUGAUGACAAAGCUCAUCUUGAGAGCCAAAAGGGGGGAAAUCGUUCCACAGAUAAUGCACAAAAGAUCUCUCAAAACAGCAUCAAGGUCUCAUUGAACAAUGGUCAGGAUCUAAAAACAAUACUGAGCGAACACGUCCACGCUAGGACCAUCUCCAAUCAGCUAAGUGCCACCAGCAGGGUCCUUGGAGAGCCUCAAGAAUUACUUCACCUUAAUUGCAAUGGCUCACCAGUAAAAGCUCAGGACCAAAACACUCAAAUGAGCUCCAGUAGUAAUUGUGAGCAUGCCAGCAUCAACCCUGCUGGAUUUACGGAGUACGUUGAGGUUGACGAAGACCAGAAACCUCAGGUCAGGGAGGACUACAGUAUGGUCAGUGACGUUAUCAGUGAUAACAUCCUCGUACUACAAGACAGCAUCCCUGUACAGGGACACAAAGAGGUCAAAUGUGACAAAACUUCUGAAGCUGAGGAAAUGGGAGGGGUUUUCGAACCUCUGGGAUACUUGGAAACCCUGACAACAUUUUCAAGUGAAUCUUGACAAAUUUGCGACUUUAAUUUAAGAGGUUUGGGAUUAUUUUGUCUGGCUGUGUCCUGCUCAAACUGUCAAGCACUUUGUUUGUAGAGAUGUGAGAAGGGUUCUUUCGGCAAUCUGGGGUGCGUUUCCUGUACAAUGACAUAUGUUGCUGCUAACUGAUUCCCGAAACUGCUGACUGAUUAUUUGAACCACACUGGUUCAACAGUCUAGAACUGUUGUUACUGAGGUCACGCAGUUGGCAGAGUAAUUACUUCUGCUAAUUAAUCUUUUCGGAUCAAAUCACGUCAGAUUAUUGAUGCAAAUAACAAACCUGGCAUCUGAGGACUAUAACAUUUUUGUUCGCCAUUGUAUUGCUUCAUUCGACGGUUCCCCUUGGGACUAGUGCGCAUUCACACUCUUCAAAAACUGCGCUUUCAUUCUCUUGACAAACUAAAAGACAGAAUUAAAUUUGACUCGAGCGCUUGGAUCUAUUGAUCCACAUGUCAUACUAACACGAAACUGGUUAUAACUAAAGCUCUCUUAAAAAUAAAGGUUCCAAAAGGGUAUUUUUGCAGUAAUGCCAUAGAAGAACCAUUUUUGGUUCCCAAAAGAACCUUUCAGUAAACAGUUCCUAAAAGAAAAAAAUCUCAAGAACCUUUUCUGCAUUUGAAAGGUUCCAUGGAUGUGCAAGGUUCUUCUUAGAACCAUUGAUGUCAAUGAAGAACCUUUAUUUUUCCAACCACACAACGUUGCGAUGCCAUUUUUGAAUGUUUGUUGAAACUAUGGUUUCUGGAAACGGCAAAUUUGCAACCAUAGUUGGCUAACAAUGCUUUUGGGAAACGCACCCGUUAUGUUGUAUCUUUCAAUCUGCACAAUUACAGAUACAGUUUGUACAAAUACAAAACAGUUUCUGUGGAUAAUUCAGGCUAAACAGCAGGAAGCUGCAGUAAUGGGUUGGAAAUUUAGAUUAAAAGUCAACGUCAUUCCAAACAUUACACAUCGACCAACCGCUGUUAAAAAAAUACCCCACUAAAGAUCAUUAAAUUAGUUGUUAAACCUUUCAAAAUGUUUCUUCAAACUACUACCUCAUAGCAGACAUACGCAAAACAUCCCACUGGAGUUUCUGCCACUUUCUCUAGAGACCUGGUACUUUUCUCAAUGCUUGCUGCUCCUAAUCUUUUACAGUUGAUUGUUGUUAAGAAUUUUCAUAGUUUAAUGGAAACAUUUUAAAAUACGGAAAAGCUCCUUUUGUAUAUUUAUUCACAAUGAUAUUAGGAAUAUAAAAAGUGUGAGAUUUCUUUGGUCGAAACAACUAAUGACUUUACUGUGUAUUUAUUGAACUAGAUCUAGUAUUUGUAUGUCCCUCCCAAUCCAUUUUAUUUAAACUUGAUUUAUAACAUUGAUUUAAUAUUAAAAUAGCCAUCGAUAUUCACUCGUUUUAGGGUAAACAGACAGUUUCAUUGGAUACAUCCUUCUGAUUUAUAAUUAUCUGAACUCGGGCACUCUUCAAGACAAUAACCAGAAUUAAGACUAACGUCAAAUAAUAGAUUAGAUCUGCACAAAAGGGUUGCCAAAGCUCAACCAAACACAAGGGCAGUGAGCCCAAAACAGUUUGGCAGGCCUUUGAUGUUUUUUUUUUUCACCUUAUAUAGAGCGCCUCAGAGAACUAGUUACAGCGGCAGACACAGACGGGUCAGCUGGUCUCAUCAUGGAACAUUUAUGGUCUGCAGUGCAGCAGUAAAGAGUUACUUUAAGUCAAACAUUGACAACACUAUACAAGGACAAACAUUUGGUUCAGCAUGAGAGAACUAUUGUGCAGCUUUUCUGUGUAGUUUAAAUUAGAAUGAAGUCAUUUGUUUUUAUAUCAUCUAUUGUGGUACAAAUAUGUAUUUUGUUUGUGAUGUAACAAUGCGAUGCUUAAUACCGCAAGAAAUGUAAUAUGAAGUUAUGUAAAAACUGUUAGCACAGCGGUGCAUUGGUGUUUCUGGCUUGAGUUCCUUACAUUCUUUCAUUGACAGCGGCAUGUGUAAUUCAGUUUUCUAUCCACUGCUGGACAAAAUCACUCAAAGGUUAGGAAUGAUUUUAUUUUUGACCAUAACAUUUCAAUAAACACCAGUUUUGCAAU